UCCAAGUCCCUGGUGUCACUGGCUCAGAGCAGGCCUCCUCUUUCCUAGGACACACACAACUGGGCAGGGCCUGGGCAUCUCACUUAGAAAGGAUGUCAGAGCUGGAAAAGGCCUUCCGUAAAUUCGCCACAUAUGGAGACACGGCCGCCACUGGCAACGAUAUGACGGGCAAGAACUUCUCGAAGAUGUUGAAGGAGUGUGGCGUGAUGGAUGGGAAGUGCGUGACUAGCACCGACGUGGACAUCGUCUUCAACAAAGUCAAAACCAAGGGGGCUCGUAACAUCACAUUUGCCGAGUUCCAGGAAGCCAUAAAGGAGCUGAGCACCAAACGCUUCAAGGGAAAGUCUCCUGAUGAGGCUUUGCAGGCCACACACCAGCUGAUAGAGGGCAAGGAGCCAGGCAAUGUGGGAGCAACGAAAGCUGUUGCUGCCGGUGCUGUGGACAGACUGACAGACACCAGCAAGUACACGGGCUCACACAAGGAACGUUUUGAUGAAAGUGGAAAAGGCAAAGGGAUAGCCGGUCGUGCAGAUGUGGCUGAUAACAGCGGCUACGUUGGGAAUUAUAAGGGGUCUGGCACCUAUGACAAGACUCACUAGGUGGGGAGGUGGAGUCUUUCUGUGCCUUCUUGGAAG